AACGUCAUCAUGAGAACUGAUUCGAUUAAAUAACAAUAAUUACUAAAGACUAAUCAAUAUAUAAUUCUUAAGUACAAAAAUUUUAAGAAAACUGCAAUUAAAACUGUCCUUAACCAUCAAACUUUGAGCCUAUAUAAAAGCGAUGGUUCCACAUUACAUUUACUAGUUAGUAACGUAGAACACUAAGGCGCCCAAAUCCUAUUUACAAUCAAACUAUUUGAAUUUACUAUUUGACCGGUACAUUGUUUGUUCGGUAGAAAUGGCAAAUUCUGUGCAUGCCACCAUUAUUAUUAUAGUUUUUUGUGUGAAUAAUGUUUUUUCAAAAUUGAAGCCUAUACCUGAUUACUUACAUAUUUGCCAUCGCUCAAAUCCGGACAUUCCAAAAUGUAUUAUAGAAUCAGCAUAUUUUUUAAGACCCAAACUUGCAGAAGGAAUUCCCGAAUUCGGCGUCGCCCCUAUGGACCCAAUGUUAAUUAACACUCUUAUUCCAACGGAUGGGAAUGGGCUGAAAAUAGAGACCACCAAUUUAUUAGUCACCGGAACCAGAAAUUUUACGAUUAACCAUCUUAUAGCUGACAUAGACAAACAGAAGUAUAAGUUUCAAGUGAGAUUUCCCCACAUGCACAUACUCGGUAAUUACAGCAUCGACGGAAAAAUCGCAAGAAUGGUCAUCAAAGGUCAAGGAGAUUUCGAUUUGGACAUAUAUGGGGUGAAAUGCAACGUAACGCUACUGGGAAACGUAAUCGAUAUCAACGGUCUGAAUUAUAUACGUUUCCAUCAUAUAUCGCUUAGAAUUGCAAUAAGCAGAGGCAGUAUAGAACUAAGAAAUUUAUUCGGUGGCGAUAAAAACUUGGGUAAGUUAUUAUAAAAUAUUGAUUAUGAAAUAAUCUGUAAUUCACAAACUCAUAGGGAUAGGAUGUGCAAUACAACAAUAUUGAAUACGCAUUAAAUCGUUUUAAAUAUUAAUUAUAAAUUGUAUUUAUUAAAUCAUCAAAUAAAAAGGUAUUUAAAAUACUAAACUCACAUAAAAUAUUAUUUUAAACUUAUUAACGGUAAUGGUAUAAAAACAUC